CCCAAUCCUUGCUUUGUUUCAUCACUUGUUUCUAUUCCUCCUCAACCACCAUGCAGAUAAUCGAAGAUAUGUCCGGGAAAUUCUCGAGAAGCGCAAUGUCGUUGUUUUCGCAAGAUCGGACAGCUCCGAGUGCAAACAAGCCAUAGCUUUGUUGACGGAGCUCGGUCAUCCACCUUAUGUCAUGGACAUGGACCUAGAUCCCGAAGGGGGUCAAGUCCACCAUUUCCUCCAGUGGUUUUCCGGCCAGGAUACGGUGCCAAACAUUUACAUUAAGGAACGACAUAUUGGUGGAUUGGAUGCUCUGAAGCAGCUUCAUGAAACCGGUCAAUUGCAAGCUAAGUUUUAAUAACAUAAACACCCAUUAUAUUUGUCUCAGGAUUUAGUUUCACCAUGUAUGAUAUGAAAUGAAUUUUCUGGAUUGGGUGCGAUAAAAAUCGUCCGAAUGGAAAAACGAAUACACAGUUGUUGCUUAGAUGGAGGAGAUAGAAGGUGGAGGAGAUAGAAAAUUGUUUGUAUCUUACUGUAUAAGUGGAC